AUGGCAACUCAAGCAGUUACCACCAAAUACUCUAUUGCUGAAGUAGCCAAACACAACAAUGAAGAUGACUGUUGGAUUAUAAUCAAUGACAAAGUUUACGAUGUCACCGACUUCCUCGACGGACAUCCAGGAGGAAAGCGUAUCUUGAUGUCAGUUGCUGGCAAAGACGCUACCACAGCUUUCGCCAACUUCCACAAAGUCGCCGCCGUUAUGGCCUCUUACGGAAACAAGCUACAAAUUGGUGAACUGGACGGUGCUCACAAGGAAGCUCCCAAGCCCAAGUCUGACUUGUUUGGUGAACUGAUCCCUUACGGUGACCCCAACUGGUACCAAGGAUGGAAGUCGCCCUACUACAACGAGUCUCACAAGGUCUUGCGAGCAUUUAUCCGUGAGAUUGUCGACCGUGAAUUGUUGCCUUUUGGAGAAGAAUGGGAAGCUGCUGGUUCUAUUCCAAAGUCCGUUUACAAAUCAUGGGGUGAACGUGGUCUAUUGGCCUGUUUCUCUGGUGCUCCAUGGCCCAAAGAUGCUCCAUAUGAACCACCAUGUGGUAUUCCAAGAGAGAAGUGGGAUACCUUCCAUUGGUUGGUCGUCUCUGACGAACUCAGUCGUUGCUCCAACUCUGCUGGUUCAGUUUUGACCCUAUGCCCUUCCAUCGCAUUACCCGCAGUAAUGAACUUUGGUACUGCCGCCCAGAAGAAGCAAUUGGUACCCUCUGCUUUGAGGGGUGAAAUCACUGUUGCUUUGGCUAUCUCUGAACCAUAUGCCGGCUCUGAUGUUGCCAACAUCUUGACCACCGCAGUCAAAACCGCAGACGGAAAACACUAUAUCGUCAACGGUGAGAAGAAGUGGAUUACCAACGGAACUUGGGCGGAUUGGUUCGUCACCGCCGUCCGAACUGGAAAGCCUGGAUCCGCAGCCGCUGGAAUGUCUGUCAUCUUGAUCCAACGAGGUGCACCAGGAUUCAAGAUCCGUAGCGUCCCAACUCAAGCUGGAACAGGUUCUGGGACCUCGUACUUGACCUUUGAGAAUGUUAAGGUCCCAGUUGAGAAUCUUAUGGGUGAAGAAAACAAGGGAUUCAAGAUCCUCAUGUUCAACUUCAACAAGGAACGUCUCGGUAUCUGCAUGGGUACCCCACGAUCUGCUAGAAUGUGUUACGAAGAAGCUAUGCGAUACGCAAACAAGCGUAAGACCUUCGGUCAAUACUUGAUUGAGCACGGUGUCAUCCGAAACAAAUUUGGACACAUGGCACGAAUGAUUGAAGCUACUCAAUCAUGGUUGGAAUUGGUAUGCUACCAAUGGGACAAGAUGGAUAAGAGCGACGCCGACUUGAAAUUGGGUGGUGCUAUUGCUCUCCUCAAGGCUCAAUGUUCCGUGACAUACGAACUUUGCGCUCGUGAAGCUUCGCAAAUCAUGGGUGGUAUUGCCUACACUAAAGGUGGUCAAGGUGGAAUCGUUGAACGUUUGUACCGAGGUGUUAGAGGUGCUGCCAUCCCCGGAGGUUCAGAAGAGAUCAUGUUGGAUUUCGGUAUCCGACAAGGAUUGAAGACUGCCCGUGCACUUGGUGCCAAGCUCUAA